AUGGAUGCGUAUGUGACGGAAAGUUUAAAGAAUGAAAAUGAAAAUGCUAAUAUCAUAAAGACAAAAUAUCCAGAGAAAUUAUUUAGAGUUAUGACUGAACGUAAAAAAUUAAAAAUUAUUAUUGAGCAUCGAAUGAAUAAAAUAUCACCUUCUUUCUUCCGUGUACAAGUACUUGGUGAUCGAAUAUUUUCACCACAACAAGUUAUAUCAAAAAAUUUAUCUCAAUUUAUUUUUGAAGCACCAAUUAUAGAUCCUGGUUCUUAUAGUUUACAGGUUCGAUUGAUGUUUUAUAAUUAUCCAGAAAUGUUUACCCUUGAAACUACCGUCGAUUCAGAAUUUCCAAAAAUUAAAUCAUUAGAUAAAUUUAUAGUUAAUGGUGAUUCUAAUACUCGAGGAUUAUUUAAAUCAUUAUUUCGAAAUAAUAUGGGACAUAAAAAUAUAAAAUGUGAGUGGGUACACGAAGGUAAAAAGAUAGAAGAUAGAAGAAUUUCAUACAUUUGUGUCUUCCCUUAUUCUGAUGUUUCCACCAAUUACGAAAAAGAUGAUCCCCGUCCUAAAGAAUUAAUUCUUACUUAUGAAUGGUAUUUUCCAUCGGAUUUUUAUAGUUUAGAAGAUAUUUUAAAGAGUUCAUUUGAAGAUGUUUGUAAACCACAUGAAAAAUGUCGAUUAAAGGGUCCAUGUAAUUUUGAUGAUAAUGAUAAUAGAAGAAUUUGCACUACCAAACAUGCGGAUUAUACAUUUAUUUCAAUAGGUUCUCAUACACCAGAAUGGAAUGAAACUCAUAAUGAUAAAUAUUUAAAUAAAAUUUUCAACCAUAUUCAAAAUUAUUAUAGUAAUCUAAAAUUUACUUUUUUAACUACCAACGUUGCAAAUUUUCAUCUAAUUCCAAAAAGAUUUCAACGUCAAUAUCUUAUAAGAAAUGAAUAUCGAAUGGCGAGAAAUAAUGAUUUAUUAAGAAAUUAUGUUAGAAAAUCUAUAGAUCAAGGUUAUGAAAAUAUUGAUUUAUUAGAUAUUUUUAGUACUUCACAACCUAUUUGGGAAUUUUCUAAAGAUGCGCCUUUAGAAUUACUUAUAUCUACACCUUUACUCUCAGAUUAUAUUCGUGCGAAUCAUCGAAUUUUCUUUUCAUAUGAACCCGAGAAUCCUUCAUUUCAAUUAGGAUUUCUUGGUAUAGGUAAAUCUACCGUCUCUGGUACACUUCAUGUACGAUUUCCUACUUCAAUAGAAGCAAAAAAUAUUUCUUUAACAUUCAUUGGACGAGAAGUUGUUGAAUUUGUUGAUUUAUCAGAUCUCAAAAAAACGCGUGCCGAAAAAAUUAUUGUAAAAGAGAGUAUUUAUCUUUGGAAAACAACUUCAGCGAUAGGACAUGAACCUAUUACAGAUUUAGAUUUACCAUUUGAAUUUAAGAUACCUGGUGAUGCAUUUGAAUCACUUACUUCACAUCAUGGUAAAAUUCAAUAUACACUUAAAGCAGCAAUUGGUGUUGCUAAAAAGAAAUCAACUUACGUUAAAGUUUUGGUACCAAUUCGUAGAUGGAUAAUACCUGAGGAACAAGAUUUGAGACCAUUAGUAUUGAAAUCUAAUUCACGUGAUCGUAAAGUACCUCUUUCUUGGCAAGCAAUUUUACCUCAAACAUUUGUUAACGUAAAUUCUGAAAUAGUUAUAAAAUUAAGAUUAACUUCACAUAAUCCUGAAUUAAGAAUUCAUAAAAUUAAUUCAUGUUUAAAAACAUAUAUGAGUUAUGCAGUAGAAAAUCGUGACGAUACAAAUGAACGUAAAUGUCAUCAAAAAAAUAAAGUACACGGAAAAGAUAUAAUGAUGAUUCCAAUGGGACCAGAUACAAUAUUUGAAACAAAUGUAAUAGUGAAUAUACCAAAUGAUGUUAUGCCUACUUGUAAAACUAAAUAUAUUACCGUUAGAAAUGAAAUUCGAAUUAAAAUAGCAUUUGAAAGAUCAAGACAUCAUGUAAUAAUUAAGAGGGAUGUUGUUGUGGGAAGAAAUUUGUUUGAUAGAUUUACUUAA